CAAGUGCUCCACGCACCGUCACGAGCUUACGUGUCAACGGACGGCGGAUAUUAAACCUAUUCGGUUUGGACUCUUUGGUUGAAUAUUUCCGUUUUUUUUUAUGUGCCAGUGUUUUGUGUUUUUUAAUAUUCGUCCUCUUUGAUGAUCUAUUUAUUUUUUUAAUUGUAUAUAAUGUUUCUAUGAUGUUAUUUUUUUUUAUAUAAACAAUUUUUGAAGUGUUCGAUCGUCGUUUUGCUGAAAAUUGAUUAAGGAUGCCACAUACAGGUCAAGCAGGCGUGAACCAGCUCGGGGGUGUGUUCGUGAACGGUCGCCCUCUCCCAGACGUGGUGAGGAAGAGGAUCGUGGAGCUAGCCAUCCUCGGAGUACGGCCGUGUGACAUCAGCAGACAACUACUCGUAUCACACGGCUGCGUCUCAAAAAUAUUGACCAGAUUCUACGAAACUGGAUCCAUAAGACCCGGUUCCAUCGGCGGGAGUAAGACCAAGCAAGUGGCUACUCCUACGGUGGUGAAGAAGAUACUACGUCUGAAACAAGAGAACCCAGGCAUGUUCGCGUGGGAGAUACGUGAGCGGUUGCUGAGCGCGAGGGUCUGCGAGCCUCACUCCAUACCCUCAGUGUCAUCUGUUAACAGGAUAUUGCGGAACAGCGGCCUGGUAUGGAACGAGGAAGACGGAAGACACGAACCGUUCCCGCCAUCGGAAUUACAAAACAACAUGGCGGACUAUAUGUCAAUGAAGACGCCGUUACCUCCCAUACAGCAGACGUCUCCGUAUUUCGCGCACAACUCCGUUAGAGUUCAACCUCCGACAGAAACGACUUAUGAUCGCAGACUCGCCACAUCAUGGCUAUUGGCUAAUCAGGUUCAAGCUCAAACACUCUUGAAACCGUAUCCGAUAUCCCCGUGGCAGAGAGUCAUGAUGCCGUAUCCGGAUUCAAAGAACUUCACACCGUACGCUCUGAAUCUACACAGCGAGCUUCUGAACAGAAUCAACCCGGAGGAAGUGAAAUCGGAGACAUCCGAACACAUCUCCGUCGAGACGAGCGACGAUAGCACAGAUAAACCAGAAGAUCAAGAAGCUAAGAAGGAAAAAAAGAAGAAUCCGUACUCCAUAGAAGAGUUACUGAAGAAACCGGACAAGAUAGUAACAUCAAAUCCCGUCGCGUUCCAGAACUUCCUGCGUCAACCGAGCGGCAGCAUGAUAGAGUACAGCCAAGAGAAGACCAGCGACAGAAGCUCUCCGGCGAGCUACUGUUCCAUCCACAGCGGCACGUCCAACGACUUCGAUUCAACCAGUUCAGAACUAAAAACGGGUAAUUGACAUAACCCACACUAACAAAUGACAUUUCAUUAUUAUUGCCAUAUAAAAAAAAAUAUGAUCUUAGUGUUAAUUUAGUCAGAUUAACUUUAUUAAUGAAUAAAUUAUUGUACAUUUAAACAUGAUCGUUCAUAAUUAGUUUAGUGUAUGUAAAUCAAUGUAACAUAAGAUACGCAAUACAUAUUUAUAAUUUAGUUGAUAUCAAAUACGAUUUGUUAUUGCUUAAGUUGAACCGAACAAAAUCAAUGUCUGGUAGCGAUUUGAAUAAAAAAAAAAAACUAGAUUUAAUUAUAUAGCUGUAUGUAACGUGAUUCUGUGAUAUUGUACAAUAUUAGACCGGGAACUUAAAUUGUAAAAACAUUGCAUGAGAUUUCACACUGUAAAUAGUUUUAAAUAUAGUUUUUAAUGUUAGUUAAUAAUGUAUUCAUAGUUAUAAAACUAUACUAGUGUCCCUGUGCAUGAUUUAGUGCUCGUGCUAUUAUGAAUUUAAUGAUACAAAUUUAGAAUGCCAUAAAUUAAUGUACACAUUAGAAUUAUGAAGCACAAUAAACCAAAUAGUGAAAGUUA